GCCUGCGCACUUGGCAGUACAUGUACGGCUGCAAGGUGACCGAGGAUGCACGCAGGGUGGGUUACGAGCAGUUCGCCUACAACGGAGAGGACUACAUCAGCUUCGACAAAGAGACCCUCACCUGGACUGCUGCCGCGGUGCCCGCUCAGGUGACCAAGAGGGAGUGGGAUGCUGAUGUGGCACACAGCCGGUUCCUCAAGACCUACAUGGAGGAGGAAUGCGUCGAGUGGCUGCAGAAGUUCGUGGGCUACGGGAAGGAGUCUCUGCUGAGGAGAGAGCCCCCAGUGGUGACGGUGGGACGCAAGGCAUCCUACGAUGGCCUGGAGACCCUCAUGUGUCGGGCCCAUGGCUUCCACCCCAAGGAGAUCGAUGCCACCUGGACCAAGGACGGGGAAGUCUGGGAGCAGGAGACCUUUCGCGGGGGUGUCAUUCCCAACUCGGAUGGGACCUACCACACCUGGCUGAGCAUCAAGAUCCACCCCGAGGACAGGGAUCGGUACCGGUGCCACGUGGAGCACGACAGCCUGCCGGAGCCUUUGGACUUGGCCUGGAAGGAACCAGGUGAGAGAGUGAAAGGGGAGGGGGGGAAGAGAGUUUGGGUGUGGCAACGUCUAGGAG